AUGAAUAGCGGAAUUGCACGAAAUGGGAAUUCUUCUACAUUUGGUCGAUGUGGUGGAGGGCGCAUGUGGUUUGCUCAACAAUCCAAUAUUUCAUAUAACUAUUGUACCCCAGGGGCGGUAAUUAAAACUAUGUAUACCGCUGAUGUCAUUUCUUUGACACCACCAACUGCAUCGGUUCUUAUAGUUAAUAGAAAUGAAGCAA